AUGGAAGGAAGCGAAACCCAGACAAGACAACCAAUAUGCGCUACCGUGCCUGGCUCCGACGUCACCAGGUCUAGAGAUAAGGACAACCUGGAAUCUGACGACAGACGUACUGGUGACACGGGCGGGCCCAGUAUACUCCGUGACGCUAUGGGAGACAUUUACCAACCGCUUCCUCGCGGUGAGUGGAUCCGGGUCUUGGAGGUACAUGAGGUCGACUCAGAACUUUUUUGCAACUUCAGAUACAUCUGCAUCGACAAUUGCAAUGUCGAGUACUCGGCCAUCUCAUAUGCUUGGGAAGACACGACUCCCGUCUCCAGCAUCUCAUUUCCAGAUGGGCGGUCGCUUCCACUGAGCCAGACACUUGUUGCACUCUUCAACUCGUUGCGGCAAGGUCAAUCCACCUUCACCGUAUGGAUCGAUGCCCUCUGUAUAAACCAGACAGACCCCGUUGAGAAAGCGCAACAGGUCAGCAUGAUGGGUAGAGUGUAUGCUUGUGCUAAGCAAGUAUUGCUGUGGCUAGGCGAGAGUGAUAACCGAGCGAGAGUUGCGUUCCGGUUCAUGCAGUUGAUAAGAGAGCACGGAUAUACCACUGACGACGAAAUCAAGCUCCUGCUGAGAGACAGUCCGAAGCCAAAGCCUCUGAGGGCUGUGCUGUCACUGCUGGCUCGCCCUUGGUUUCGUCGUGUCUGGGUCAUUCAAGAAAUCACGGUCAACCGGGAGGUUACUGUUGCAUGCGGCGUCGACCAGGUGCCGUUUGGCUGCUUCCGCGAUUCGGUCUUUCCUAUUUGGAAAUUCCACGAUAUGCCAAUAUACGAUGGACCGAGGUUGAGGGGAUUAUGGAACGCAACGAGAGUCAUACAGAUCCGGGAGAAAUUUCUCAGUGAGGGGCCACUUCCGUACGAAGACCUGCUUGAGACUGCCUACCACGUCAGAGCGACGGACGACCGGGACAUGAUUUUCGCUUUCUGGGGGAUCGGAGACCACAAAAGACCGAUCCCAGAACCCAGCUACAGCAUCACCGUGGAAGAAUUGUACUCCCAGACUGCAGAAGCAUUGCUUUGUCACGGGACCUCACUUGAUGCUCUGGCCUUGUCGGGUAUCUCGAUGUGCAAACGGCCCACAAGUCUGCCCACUUGGGUUCUUGAUCCGAGGAACCACUCUUUCUCUGAGCCAUUUGCUGCGCUUCGAUCAGUUCUUGAGCUGAGGCAUAGGAUCCCGGGCGGCGUCUCUGACGAACAGUGGCUGGAAUUGGUGUGGCCAAGCUUAAUCCUUGGUCUUGAUAUUGAUGAUGAACCGGUUGGGUCAGAUUAUCGCGAGCACUUCAACGAGUGGCUUACGUGUCUGUUAUCGAGCACUAGUGACGAUGAUCUUGUCCAGAUUCAACAGAACAUCUAUCACCGGACAAUGACACCAAGGGUUGAUGACUGGAAAGCAUUCCUCACCCAAGAAGGCACAUUUUGCAUCGGACCACCAGAAGUCCAAGAUAGAUGCCAGUAUGGCGAUAGCACUCUGACUUCCUUCGUCUACCAGGGUAUUCGAAACAAAAAGGCGUCUGAUAUCCCCGAUCUUAUCAAGCUUGGCAUCGUGGCUGUACAUGGCCUAUCCGGAGACUGGGAGUCGACUUGGACGGACCCCGACAGCAAAAGUCUCUGGCUGAGAGAUUUCAUUCCACUGCAGUUUCCUGACCUUAAGUUGCGGAUCUGGUCCUUCGGCUAUGAUUCUUCGACUGCUUUCACCAACAGUGUGGCAGACAUAGAUGAUGCAGCCAAGGCUUUGAUCAACGCCUUAGACGGGGAGCGACAGAGGAAGAGCUCGAGAAGAAGACCAAUCAUUUUCAUCGCUCACAGCCUUGGGGGUAUCAUUGUCAAACGAGCCAUGAAUUUGGCCAACGAGCGCUCAGAACUGUGGAAAGACAUUGUCGAAAGUGUCUUCAGCAUUGUCUUUUUCGCUGUCCCACACCGCGGAGCCGGCGCUGCCUACCUGGCAACAGUGGCUGCUCAGAUUGUUGACAAGUACUCAGCCAGUCUCGAAUUGAACAAUGAGCGGGCGAUCCCAAUUCAAGGCGCGAACCAUCGAGACAUCUGCAAGUUCUUUUCUGACGGCAGUCAGAAGUACAAGCCGGUCAGGAACGCAUUGCGGGACAUCAUCGAAGCCGCUUUGCACAGGAAUGACAUAAACAGCGAAGAAGAUGGAUCUGGAAAGUCAACAGCUAUUCGAGCCGCAUAUCACCAGUUACUGGAGGAACAAGAGGUCCUUGACGGUUCGCACCGUGUCGCAGCGUUCUGUUUUCAGAAGGAUUCCGGGCCUCUUCUGCGUUGCCCCGAUGGGAUGUACCGCGCUUUACUUUACCAGAUUCUCAGUCGUCAAAGGAAAACCAUUAAUGAAGUUAUCAAGAAGAGAGCUCCCAAGUUGAGGGGAGAUGAAUCAGCUGAUUCCUAUCGACAAGACGCAUAUGACUACCGAGAACUACUUCUUGGAGUUCUCAGCGAAGACCGGCACCGCUCUCGGAGCACGACAAUACUCAUUGACGCGUUGGAUGAGUGCGGUAGUCAAAGUGGCCUGAAUUUGGACCGAUUCUUUCACGAUAUUGUGAGGUCCAACGAUUUCAGCGCCUUGAACAUCUGUCUUUCCAGCAGACACUUCGGCGCUGCACGCUGGCUCUGGCUUAGCCCACUAAGUGCUAUCGAAGAGAAUGGCGCACUCGUCGAAAUUGAUGCACCGGUGAUCGAAGUCGAGACGGAGAAUCGUGGUGCGAUUAGUGAUUACAUUGAAGAGAAACUAUGUGUUUACAGCCGGGACACUUCGGAUCUCGUUGCUCUCAAAGAACAGAUUCAGACAAGGUCCUCGGGCAUUUUUCUCUGGGUAGAGGCUAUUGUUGACCGCUUGAUAGAAGACCUUCGCAGGAACAGGCCCGGCCAACUGGAGCUUCGACUCCAGCCGACUCCAAGUCGUCUUCAGAAUCUGUAUGAUGGAAUUCUCUGCACAGCAGAAGAUCGUGCGAAAAGUUGGCGGUUUUUCCAAUGGCUUUUACUGGCCCCCAACCUGAGCCUUGGGGCCUGGAGAGAUCUCAUUCCUUUCUUGCAAGAUAGCGCACCUCUGCCAGCCGAUGAUCAUCAUUCAACUGGUGGAGAGGCAGGGUCUUGGAAUACUGCAGACGGAGACACGAUGGUCGUGCGACUCAUGCAUGGAUCUUUAAGGCAAUUUCUUCAGGAUGAGGCCGGAUUCGACAUACUGGAGCCCAUGAUAGAGGACCACUACGGUGAAGGCUUGAUCAUGGCCAUGAAUACUUGCCUUGACUUCAUUAAGGCCCGAGAAUUUUCGAGUGUCACACUGUCAUCAGAAGACAUCCAAUCAGAUGACAUAGCACUUCAAAUGAGAGCGGUGCUGGCUCAUCUGAAUCGAGUGGCGAAGCAACAUUCGGAAAGCCAGCAGGAGAAGCGAUUCCGAAUCGAGCGAUGGAGAGAUUCUGUGGCGGAAGCAGGACAUUUUUCCGGCAUUCCAAGCCCAGAUAUGGACUCUAGUUCUCAAUACUCUACACAAAGCCUGAGAUGGGAACGUUGGUCAUCAGAACUCCUUCCGUAUCUCUUGGCCCUCUUUCCAGAGUUUGCCCGCAAUGGGCUGAAGCUCAAGGGCUACAUACAUGGUCUGUCCAUUUUCAUCUUCCUGGGCCAGCGCGUCUCGUUUCCAGCGCCACCACAUCAUAUUCCCUUCGGGAAGAACUGUUAG